AACACCUUGUCUCUGGACUGAGAAAGGUUCUACUGCUCCGUGUGCUGCGCUGUGAUCCGCUGUCCGGAGCUCGGAGCCUUGAGGAGAGCCAGGAGAACUCGGAAUCCGCCAUGGAUAUAUUGACCUAUGAAGAUGUGCAUAUGAAGUUCACGUGUGAAGAGUGGGCUUUGCUGGAUCCUUCCCAGAAGAGUCUCUACAAAGAUGUGAUGCUGGAAACCUACUGGAACCUCACUUCUAUAGGCUAUAAAUGGGAAGACCAUAAUAUUGAAGAAUAUGAUCAAAGUUCUAGAAGACAUGAAAGGUACAUCAUCUUCAAAGACGCACAAAUAUCCAAUACUCAAGAGGAUCUUUAUGAAUGUAAGCAACAUGAUAAAACAUUUGGAUCUGAUUCCUUUUUAAAAGUACAUCAAAGAACUCAUUUGGAAGUAAAAAACUAUGAAUAUAAUGAAAGAAUUAAACCCUUUUCAUGUCACAGUCUUGAUCAAGUAUGUAAAACUCAUACCAGAGAAAAAACACAUGGAUAUCGUCAAUGUGAUACAGCCAGUGCACACACCAGUUAUCUUCUAAUACAUGAAAGAACUCCUACUGGAGAGAUACCUCAUAAGUGUAAUCAAUGUGGUAAAACCUUUGCACAGAAGAGUUGUCUUCUCAGACAUGAAAGAACUCAUACUGGAGAGAAACCCUAUGGGUGUAAUCACUGUGGUAAAGCCUUUGCAUAUAAAAAUCAACUUCAAGUACAUGAAAGAAUUCAUACUGGAGAGAGACCCUAUGGAUGUAGUCACUGUGGUAAAACCUUUGCAUGUAAAAGUAAUCUUAAAAUACAUGAAAGAUGUCAUACUGGAGAGAAACCAUAUGAAUGUAACCAAUGUGGUAAAGCCUUUGCAUGUAAAAGUAAUCUUCAAACUCACGAAAGAGGUCAUACUGGCGAGAGACCCUACACAUGCAAUCACUGUGGUAAAACCUUUGCAUAUAAAGUCAAUCUUAAAAGACAUGAAAGAAGUCAUACUGGAAAGAGACCUUAUGGAUGUAAUCAUUGUGGUAAAACCUUUGCGUGUAAAAGUGAUCUUCAAAUACAUGAAAGAAGUCAUACUGGAGAGAAACCCUAUGAGUGUAGUCAAUGUGGUAAAUCCUUUGCAUGUAAAGGUAAUCUUCACACACAUGAAAGAAGUCAUACUGGAGAGAAACCCUAUGAGUGUAGUCAUUGUGGGAAAGUCUUUGCCUAUAAAAGUAAUCUUCAAACACACGAAAAAAGUCAUACUGGAGAGAGACCCUAUGGAUGUAAUCACUGUAGUAAAACCUUUGCACAUAAAAGUCUUCUUAAAAUACAUGAAAGAAGUCAUACUGGAGAGAAACCUCAUGGAUAUAAUUAAUGUGGUAAAGCUCUAUAAUAUAUUGUAUUCCACGAAUGUGGGAUAAUUUGAAUA